AUGGCGCCCCCCUCAGAGGAAUCCAUCCUGAGCAACUUCCUGCUCUCCCCAGCGUCCCUGCCAACAGUAAUGACGCUCCAAAAAUUCACUGAGCUCUUCCCCAAGCGCUUGCGCGCCCACCCACACAUCCGGGCCUUGUACCGGGAAUUGCAGCAAGUGCGCGAGCAAGACAUGGACCGCGUGAACUCCAACAUCGACCUCGAGCUGAAGCAAGGCCAGAAGCAGCGCGCGGAACUGCGCAAGGCCAGCAUGGCCGCUGGUGUCGAUGAGUCUCAGGCCGACGAGCAGCGCGAAACAGAUCUCGACCUACAUCUGUUCGGGCAGCCUUCUGCCGCUGCUGGUGCUGGUGCGCCGGAAGAUUAUCACUCACCGGCUAGCCUCCUGGCUGCGAUGGAGGCUGCGUCUGCGAAUGUGGAGCGCGAGAUUGCUGGUGUGGAUGCGGAGGCAGCGCAGCUUUUGGAGAUCUUGACUGCGUCGGUGGGCGAUAUGAGUGACCUGCGCUACGGCAAAUUGCAAGGGCCCUCGGGCUCGGCGGAGGACAGAGUCGGGGAGGCAAUUCAGGGUUUGCGGACUCUGGAGGAUACGUGCUACCAGGCUAGCCAUGGGUCUUGA